UUUGAAGUAUCAAACCAUUAAAGAGUGUCAGGUAGUCAAAUUAACUAACACGUUUGCAUAGUACUCAUAGCAAUCCCUCAUUGCCCAACCAGAAGAUGCUCCAUAGCAGGGUGCUCAUAUCAGAAUUCUUGAUCCAACAUCCUCUCACUCUGUAUCUCUUACAGUCAGUAGACAUGGAGGAUGGGAAGCCUGAUCUGCUGCUGGUCAAAGAGGAGACAAUAGAAGAUGGACCAGAGAGCAUUGACCUGCUGAGUGGACUAAAGAUGGGGGAGCAAGGUGGCUGGCUGGAGGCAAACAGAGGAGACUGGGCGGCCAUCUUGGAUUCCCAGACUUGUGCAGCCAAGGGCCCAGAGGAUGACAUCACUGAGCAGGCUGGGACCAGAAGCGACAUUGUGGAGGUCAGUGGAUGGGACCGUGUCCUCAACUCUGGGAUGGGGAACAACACUGUUAACCACAACCAGAAACAGACUGUCAAAUACAAAACAACAACCGAACUUAGUCUCCAUGGCAACAGACUGGCUGAGACCAGGGCGAGGUUUAGAUUUGGUCCGCGGGGACGAGGAAGUGUCCGUAUGCGGCAGGAGAGAACAGACACAGACUCUGCUAGUGAUGCUCCGUCCUGCUCCUAUAGUUGUGAUUCAGAGAGACUGAUGGCGCCUCAGGUUAACCCCCUAACAGGUGCUGCCUUCAGCCUGCCUUCUAUAGGAUCUAUCAACUGGAACAUGGACCCUGCGACAACACAGACAAUCCCUGGCCGUCCUCCUCAAACUCUCCUAAUGUUAAACCAGACCUCAGACAAUGCCAGUGCCUCAACAGUAAAUGGAUACACAAGCCCAUUGACAAAUGACAGUAGUAGUAACUCUAUCAGUAGAUCUGGUGGCAAAGAGAAGUGCUUCCCAUGUUCGUUCUGUUGGAAAGUCUUCAGUUUCCGCAAACAGAUGGAGAGCCAUCAGAGGAUGCACACGGGGGAGAAACCGUUUGGCUGCCACCUGUGUGAGAAGAGGUUCUCCCACCAGCACCACCUGAAGAGACACCAGAGGGUCCACACAGGGGAGAAACCCUACAGCUGCCCCCAGUGUGAGAAGAGGUUCUCCCACCAGCACCAUCUGAAGACGCACCUGAAGGUCCACACGGGAGAGAGACCAUUCACCUGUACGCACUGCGGGAAGAGGUUCUCAGAGAGGAGCUACCUCAGGAUACACCAGCAGAAAAUGCACAUGGGCCAUGUAUAGAGUAUAGUAACAUGUUAUGUAGUACUAGCUAGUUUGUUUGUAGUGAAUUCUAUUGGUUUUGGAUGUAUAGGGAACUGGAUGAGGUGAACUGAAGAAAGAAUGAGUUUGAUGAGGCAGAGUAAAUCAUAUGGUGAUGGUUGGUGUGAUGGUGUCUGUAAAAAUGCUUUACUUAUGAAGAGUGACAACCUUAACCUUGUCCUGUUGUUUGAUGCUGGUGUUUUAUAAUGAAGAAAUGAUAUGCCUUAGUUCAUGUUUACUUGACAUGAAGUAGAGAAGCUGUGUGUAAUGUUAUGUUGAACCUUUUCCAAGGCAUUCUAAAAUUAAUUUUAUUAAAGCGAGGGUAGCAGAUAAAAGUUAUUUUACUUGUCACAUGUAUAAUUGUGUGCAAUAAAAGUACUGUACUUAA